AUGGCGAAAAUAUCCGAUACUAUAAAAUCAGACCAUCGAGCAAUCGAAGAAUGUUACGACAAGAUUGUCAACUCGUCUGACUACGAGCAGCAGGUGCGAUACCAAAACCAAUUCACCUGGGAAUUGGCCCGCCACUCCAUUGGAGAGGAGCUCGUCGUUUACCCUGCGUUUGAGAAACAUCUCGAGAAUGGAAAGGCGAUGGCUGAUAAAGAUCGCCAGGAGCAUCAAGUUGUAAAAGAAAAGCUCAAAGUCUUUCAAGGCAUGAAGCCUUCUGAUGAGAAGUUCCAAUCUACUAUCAAAGGCCUGAUGGACGAUCUCUCCCAGCAUAUCCGUGAGGAAGAGGAAGAGGAUCUGGUCAAACUCGAGAGUGCUCUUGCGCACGAUAAGAGCGAAGCGCUCGCCACCUCUUUUGAUAGAACUAAGGCGUUUGUUCCUAGCCGGUCCCAUCCAAGUGCACCGGACAAGCCUCCAUUUGAAACUGCAGUUGGUCUCCUGGCUGCUCCAAUCGACCACCUGGCUGAUAUUUUCCGUAAAUUCCCUGAUCAAAAAGUCAGCCCUAAUCCGUCGACUCAGUGA